GAUUUCUCAUCAAAAUAAAAAAUAUUCUUUCUACACACUCACUCUCAAAAAUGGCAGAUUUAACCAACAGUUACCCACCAAAUGGAAAUGCUAUAUAUCCUCCUCCUCCACCGCCGCCGGUCGCUUAUGGUGUUUCAAUUAUAGGCCCUCAAUUCUGUGCUCAUACUUAUCCCAUUGAACUUGCAAUUGUGAGAAAGGUUUUAACCAUAACUGAUGGAGACUUUGUUGUGGAAGACAUCAAUGGCAACCUCCUUUUUAAAGUGAAAGGCGCCUUUUUAUCACUUCAUGUUCGCCGUGUUCUACUUGACUCAGCUGGAAAUCCCAUCGUCACUCUGCAGAGAAAGAUAAUGACAGCCCAUGAUAGAUGGCAAGUUUUCAGAGGAGAAAGUACAGAACCCAGUGAUCUGAUCUUUACUGCGAAACGAUCUUCAAUGUUUCAAUUAAAGACUAAGGUAGAUGUGUUCCUAGCAAACAAUACAAAGGAGGAGGUUUGUGAUUUCAAGAUCAAAGGAAGUUGGCUAGAUCGAUCCUGUGUUAUUUAUGCAGGAGACUCCUCCACAGUUGUUGCACAAAUGCACAAGAAGCACAGUGUUGAAAGCGUACUGCUUGGAAAAGACAAGUUCAUGGUGAUAGUCUAUCCUAACAUGGACUACGCAUUCAUAAUGUCUCUUAUUGUGAUUCUUGAUGCAAUGAACACUGAAUCCGGCGGUGGUUUGGGUGGUGGCUCUGACAUCGAUACCAUCGUUGAUAUUGAAUUCUGAUUUUCUUUUCACUAUCAUUUGUAAAAAGAUAUUCUACUUUUUGUCCAUAACUUGACUUUCUGAGGUUUUAGUUGUUGCUUGUCAAGUUCUCCAUGUCUACUAGUGAUCUUUUUUAUAGUAGCCCAAACUAUGUCAAAACUAUUAGAUAAUUAGCGGUUGAAAUAAGGAAGAAGGACCGGCCCAAAGGUCUAUUAUACUAAUAAUAUGGAAUAUUGCAAUUUACUUAUUUAAUAUUUCAAAUAGGAGUACUGAAUUUUAAAGUC